CUAAUUUUGUAAUAUUAUAAUAAACUGUAUCAUCAUGUUGAGACUAUAUUGUUCCAUUUCUGCUUCUGUUUCAGAAGCUCCUGAUUGUGAUGCUGGCACGUCCAAUAACAUCGGACACAUUGUUCCCAAUCAGGAGCAAGAGUCUGAGCCAAAGGAAGAUAAUUCCACCUCUUCCAGUCUUCCAUCAGAACUCAACAUCUCUGAAUUUGGCUCAGAUGUUGCCAAUAAAAUACAGGGCGCAGAAGGACCAUCUACCAGCCCUGUUGAGCCUGGAUCUCCCUCACUUGAUCAAUUCAACCUGGGUCAAGUGUUGGGAGAAGGAGGAUUCGGGAAGGUAUUCCUAGCCGAGCACAAGAACACCGAAGUGCUAUAUGCCAUCAAGGCCCUGAAAAAAGAACACGUUUUGGAAAAGGGCAACUUGGACAGGUCAGUGAUAGGGCAGAGAUUAAUAUUGGCCAUAUCUGUGUCAUCUUUUCUUAUUAUAUUCAGCUUUAUAUGUAGGACAGUUUUCUCUUUUUAUAUUUAAUAUCUAUUUUACCUCACAUUCCUUUAAAUCAUUUGCAUUUGGUUAUUAUCUGCUGUCAUACCCUGGGUCUGUUCAUAAAGAUGUGGUGAUAAUGGGAUGAUUUUCCCCACAGUGUCUUCCAUGAGAAGGAAAUCCUUCAGAGGGUAAGUUCUGCUAACCACCCGUUCCUGGUGUCAUUACAUGGAACCUUCCAGACGGCAUCUCACCUCUUCUACGUCAUGGAAUAUCUACCUGGAGGUGACAUGUUUGACUUUAUAAGAUCAGUGGAACUAGAAGAACCGGACGUCAUGUAAGUAGAAUGGGAAUCAUCUUAAUUCUCGCACAUAUCAGCUUAUAUAUAAAAAAAAAAAUUAAAGUAACUGAAUUUUAUAUUUUCUCUAUUCAGGUUUUACACCGCAUGCGUCGUUCUUGGCCUGGAGGCAUUACAUCAGCUUGGCAUUGUCCAUAGGUAAGCAUUAAUAACACUAAAAUCAUCUUUAUUUCCAGAUGGAGCUGGUAACACUACUGUAGCACUGUAAUAAUUUGUUUGAUGUUAUUAUAAGGAUUAUAUAUGUAUAACUACUAAACUAUUGACUUGGUUUUAAUUCAGAGAUCUAAAGCUGGAGAAUUUGCUGUUGGACCGGGAUGGCUACCUUAAGAUCGUAGACUUCGGCCUCAGCAAAGACAGUAAGUGUUGCUUAUAAUUCUGGAGCAUACAGGGGAUAAGAUCAGAUUAUUAGGUAUUAUUACAUUUAGAUAUAGUGUUAUACGUACGUGGCAUAAACAGAUCUGAGUGGGUGUGUAGUUUGGAAGCAAGCAGUUGAGAAAAGUCCCUCAUUACAUUAGGGCCCCAGGUUGCAAUUUCCUCACAGUGUUUCUU